AAUCACAGGGUUGAGUAAUCUCUGAGUAGCUAUUAUAUGAGAUUGGCCUUGUUCUGCUUUUGACAGAUAACAAAGUAACUCAGGCCUCUAGCAUGAAGAAACCUCUGAUAAGUGACACUUCAUCCUCCUUGUUAGUCCUGCUCAUGUCUUUGUCACAUAUCAGAUGUGACCAGCCUGUAAACUGCAUAUGGGGCUCUUACGGAGACUGGUCAGAGUGUGAUGGCUGCACCAAAACACAGGUUAGAACUCGCUCCAUACAAGUUUUCCCUCAGUUUGGUGGGAGUGUUUGCACAGGGGAGGCUGUUGAAAGACAAGCUUGUGUGCCUACUAAAAGCUGUCCCCUGGAAGAAGGAUGUGGAGAUCGGUUCCGCUGCACUUCUGGUCAGUGUAUCAGCUCCACUCUUGUGUGUAACGGUGAUCAGGACUGCCAGGAGGAUGGUUUAGAUGAGCAACGCUGUACACAAUACAACACUCUUAUGUGUAACCUGCAUAAAAUUCCACCGAAUUCUGAUCUCACUGGAAAAGGGGUUGAUGUGUUGACAGGCAAGCUGAAGGCUGGUGUUAUUAACACCCUCAGCUUCGGUGGCCAGUGCAGGAAAUUGUUUAGUGGGGACCACAGAGACUUUUACAGACUCUCACAAAGUAUCCUCAGAUACAGCUUUCAGGUGGCUGUUGACAGUGACUUUAGUGAUGAGUUCUACACCAGCUCCUGGUCUUACACUGACCAUGUAGAGCAGCGCUAUAAAAUCCAAGGAGGCCAUGAUCACAAAACCUUCCACAAUGAACUGAAGCGGGACAAGGCCUACCAGCUCUUGAUUAUCAAGAAUGAAGUAGAAGUAGCUCAGUUCCAGAAUAACAUCCCAGAGUACCUCCCUCUCUCUGAGGAGUUUUGGAGAGCUUUGUCUGCUCUUCCUAACACGUAUGAUCCAGCAGCUUACCGCUCAAUCCUGCAACUCUAUGGCACACACUUCAUGGCUGAGGGCUCUUUGGGUGGACAGUAUCAAGUCCUGCUGGAGUUUGAUUCCAAGUUUAUGAGUGAAAUGAGUCAAACAGAUACUGACUUUCACAAGUGUGUCACACGUGUCAAGAGACGUCUGUUCCGAAAGAAGAGAACGACUAAGUGUGAGAAAUUGGUCCAGUCACUUAGGAGCUCCAAUGAACAAAGCAGCAAAACACUGCAAGUAAAGACCAACAUAAUUGGAGGUCAUGGUGCUUACGUGGCUGGUUUAGGCCAGCUGGAUCUGGAGAACCCUGAGAAUAACUAUGCCCUGUAUGCCAAAUGGGCUGGCUCAGUCAAGGACUUCCCUCAGGUCAUCAAAUCGAAGCUGAGGCCAAUCUAUGAGCUGGUGAAGGAGGUGUCAUGUGCACAGCUGAAGAAGUUCCACCUGAAGAGGGCACUGGAGGCCUACCUUGAGGAACAAAGCCCAUGCCAUUGCAGGCCAUGCCACAACAAUGGCAGGCCUGUGUUGAGUGAUGGAGUGUGUACCUGUGUGUGCAAACCCGACACCAGCGGCACAUCCUGCCAAAACGGUCAUGUCCUUGGAGAACAGACAGGAGUUGUUCAUGGCAGUUGGAGUUGCUGGUCAGCCUGGGGAACUUGUUCUCAAGGUCAGAAAUCAAGGACUCGCAUAUGUAAUAACCCUGUACCGAAAAACGGGGGCAAACAUUGUGUAGGCCCUUCCAUCGAACACAAAGCCUGUGAGGACCCGGACCUUGAACACUUAAGAUUUAUGGAGCCACAUUGUUUUGAUUCAUCCCUGAGCCCAGUAAAGUCUUGCAAGCUUCCACCUCCUGUGAGAAAUGGGUUUGUUUUGAGCCCUAAAGAUGUUUAUGCAGUUGGCAGUAAGAUUGAAUACGCCUGCAUUGAAGGAUAUGCCGGGGAUCCUGUAGCUGAAUGUACGGAGAGCUUGAACUGGAAGAGAGGACAAACAGAGUGCAAGAAAACUUCAUGUGAUGCUCCACCACUCCUGAAUCAUGUCAUAGCCUCACCCUUGAAGCAGACGUAUUUGAUAGGAGAGACAGUGUCCUUGUCAUGUCCCAGUGGCAUGCAGCUCGAGGGACAGCAGGAGAUAAUCUGCCGUGCCAGUCUCAGCUGGUCCCCAAUACCCAACAAUAUUAAAUGCAACCCAGUGGUCCAGUUAAAGGUGCCCCAGGGCUGCAAGCCGUGGGAGAAACCUGGACAGGCCCAGUGUGUGUGCAAAAUGCCGUAUGAAUGCGGGACUUCUCUGCAAGUGUGUGCCUCUGUGCGUCCUGGCCUGGUGAAACAAAUGGGCGUGUGUCAGGUUGGUGCCAUGCAGUGUCUGGGCCGGACACUCUCUCUCCUCCAGGACACUGCGUGUGAUUGGCAAGAGACCAAAGUCACAUCCUGUCAGGACUGCAAGCCAUGGGAGGAGUGCACUGGUGUGGGGUGUAGCUGUAAAGACCCAGAGGAUUGUCCAGAAGAACCUGCUCACCUUUGUGCCUCUGUUGACAACGGCAGCCAUGAGUCUAUGACAGAAUGUGAGGCUGGGGCUUGGAGGUGCUUAGGAAACAACAUCAGAGUCAUCAACAUUGGAAAAUGUAUAAAUUGAACUAAAUCAGCAUAACUUUCAUAUGAUGUUUUUCUAUUUUAUUACCGCUAUUUUUUUUAAAAGACUGUUCCAUUGCUGUUUUGGCUGCAAAUAAAAGUCAUGUUUUGUAUCUUG